AUGCACGCAGGGCCAGCCCUGAUCGCCGUUUUCGUGGUUUUUCCUAGCAUAAUUUUGGCAGAACAAUAUGUCGUCGGCAACGAUCUAGGGUGGGAUGGUGGUCCUGAUUAUCAAGCUUGGGCUGAUGGCAUAACAUUUCUUGCUGGAGAUGUUAUAGUUGAGUUACUUGGCCACUUGGGUACAUACACGAGUGGCUAUGACGCGUUAGUCUUGGCCGUCCCCCAAACCUACUAUUUCUUAUGUGACUGGCACUGCGGCGGCAGUUCUCAGAAGUUUAUGAUCACUGUGAACUAG